ACUUAGCCCAUGGUGUGGUUGAUUUCAUUUAUUUACUCAACUUUACAAGUUUAGUAGCGUAAAUCUGUUCAGUGUAACAGAUGGUAGGCAAUGCUGCUACAGUAAUGUGCUCAGCGGAAUAUGCUAAUAUAACGUCAAUAUCAAAUGACUAAACUGUUCCCGCGCACAGUCCCGAACAAACACUUUAGGCUACUAUUAAUGAAGCAAAGAAGGACGAUAUCCAGACCGUGUAUCGUCAUUUGAAAAUGGGCGGGAAGUGUACAUAAAACUCUGAACAAGCAUCUCUCCAAAUGUCAUUGGAUGACUUAACGUUGUCAGAAUGUUUUUUUCUAAACUAUCUUUCUCAGCCCCGGACUGGUAAGAGAGCAAGUCGACAAUCAGAAGCUACAAACUUACAAGCCCUAACGAAACGGCAAUGUUCCAUGGAUACAGUUGCAGCAGGACAUCAUAGGCUACGUUUUUGAGAGCAGGAGACAGACCAACAUUUUGGAGUUGCAGAUAAGUUGCACCUGUAGGCUAACCUGUAUCGUCAGUCCGGAAGGGUAGUAUAUAGCCAAAUUGUGGAGUUGGAUAGAAUCUUUCAGAAUAACACGGGUCUAUAAAUUAACCAUGGGGAAUAUCCCUGAACACUCUUUUAGAAUCUCAAACGUUAUCAACUUCACGUGAACGGGGUUCAUGAAUAAAGAUAAACCUCAACUCUGCAGGCUGGACGAUUGGAAUUAGUUUUUAGUUUUUCAACUUCGUGCAUCUUGGUCUACAAGUGGACAUCCAACAUUCCAAUCCAAUGUGAUAAAAAAUAAAUCAUUUUUAAGGAAGGUGGUGAUGACCAUACACUUGAGUUGGAAAUGGCGUGACAUCCAUGUUUUCCGUGCUGGUGCGAGUUGUUACAUUGGGAUGGUAUUAAAAAGGGAGGCGGACCCUGGCAGUGUACCAACUUCUUUCAGGCUACAGACUAUUUACUACAUUUUCGCAGUGCCUUGCGUCACAACCAAGAAGACGUAUACCAUCAAAAUCAUUCACACAUACCUUAGUAUCAACUUGUGAAACCUGUAUCAUAUAACAUUAUUCUCUUUAUGGUUUUCGUCCACCAAGAAUGGCUGGAGGGGCAAACAGACUGAGCAGCGCAUCUGCAAGAGGAGACUUAGCAGAAGUCGAGAUGUUAUUACAGAACGGAGCAGAUGUUAAUGAAAACAAUGUAUUCGGCAGGACACCGUUACAGGUGAUGAAACUUGGUAACCCCGCCAUCGCCAAAGCGCUGCUGAGGGCGAACGCAAAUCCAAACGUGCGCGACCAUGUCAGAGGUCUCACCAUCACUCAUGACGCUGCAAGGGAUGGAUAUGCAGACACCCUACACGUACUGAUGGAUCAUGGCGCAGACGUCAAUCUCCUGGACAAUGAUGGCAAUCUUCCAUUGCAUCUAGCCGCAAGAGAAGGCUAUCUUGAUGUGGUCCAGCUCCUUGUUGGUUGUACGAUGGAAGCCACAAGGUGCAACUCCAAAGGCCACACACCUUAUGAUCUGGCGACUAUGAACCAUAGAGUAUCCAUUGCGCAAUACAUUCAGGGGCACACUAAUUAAUGAAUAUAUAUCGGACAAUCCUGGCUGGGAUAGCGAGGUGGUAGGCCUGCAUAAGAACGAGGAAGAAAGUAGCAAAAACAUGUAGGUCCAUCUACCUCUCUGGUUACAAUGUAUUUGGAUGUUUUUCAGACAUGAUAGCCUCAAUUCUCAGUCAUAAAGGAGGACCCUAGCAUGAAGGUUUCCUCCAAACUUAAUAAGAAAACAUAGCCUAAUUCCAUAGUUUUUGACUCCAAUUUUCUCCAUCGCAGAACAAAUGUGUCGAGAUUUUUUGCCCCUGGAAUGAUCAUUUGAAUCUAUUUAAUAUAUUAAAGCAUUUUUAGGCCGACAACAUUUCCCUAACAACAUCUCCAGCUGCUUUGUUUCUCUUUUUUCUCUCAUGUUUUUCCGAUAUUUCCUAGUGGUACACGUAAGGUGGGGAUUUGUCUUUCAAAUUCAAUUCACUACCAACAUUUUAACUAUUUGAGAUGUGGGUUUGAUACUUCAACGACGAUUUAAAAUUAAAUGAGGAACAAUAUUUUAUUGUUUAACUUCAAGACCAUAGGCUGUAGGUAUUAGAAUAGAUGACCCUGUUCAUCCAAGGUAGCCUACCUACUCUUGUGCGCAUAGCAAAUGUCUUAUUUUGUCCCGAUAGCCCAUUUUGUUAAUUAAACCCAUGCUAUUUUGAGUAAUAACCCAGUGACCUAGGCCUACCUUCAUUCUUCUUGUCCAGACCAUUGGUCAUAAAUUAUCAAUCUAAUGGUAGCCUGACUGUAUCGGCAAUUAUUUUCGAUUUUACGUGCACUUGUAAAUAAUCAAACAAAUAGAUUUUGUAAGGAACUGUGAAAGCACGCGUUUACUAAUAUUCACGUUUUAUUUUUUACCAAAGACAACAAUUGUCUGCAGGUCUUACCUGAUUUUCUGUUUGGCUUUUAGAUUGCAAUUUGGUUGAAAUAUAAUGUACGUAGUAUGCCUCGUUUUACUGUAUUAUCUUAUAUUUGAAUAUUGCUAAUCGAUGAUUUUCACUGUUGUUUUAUUUGUGAGACGAAUAAAUUCAUUUGUCCACUGAU